AUGCAAAAAGCUUUACCUCAAUCUCGACUUACACUUUUGCUAAACACUGAAAAAAUAAAAAAACUUCGUCAAGAAGCCAUGCAACGUUCAUCAUCAUUAGCCAAGUAUGUGUGCCAUCAAAUUCUCAAAUCUCAACCUUGCGACGUCUUCAUCAACCACCGUGGCAUCGACACCAAGAGGAACGUUUCCGGGCUGCUUUUCGAUCACUUUGCUAGGUUAAAACUUCGUCCAUUUCUGGACAGCAAGAACAUGAAGCCAGGUGACAAGUUGUUCCAAAAGAUAGACAUGGCCAUUAGGGAUUGUAAGGUUGGGGUCGCCGUGUUUUCGCCUCGUUACUGUGAGUCCCCCUUUUGUCUUCAUGAGUUGUCUCUUCUCAUGGAGUCCAACAAAAGGGUUGUACCAAUUUUUUGUGAUAUAAAACCAUCUGAGCUUAGGGUUAACAGUGAAAACUGCCCAGAGAAGGACCUGCAUAGGUUUAGAUGGGCUCUUGAGGAGGCCAAGUACACAGUGGGACUUACUUUUGACUCUUCCAAAGGGGAUUGGUCGGAUCUCCUGAGGAGUGCUACGGACGCGGUCAUGAAGAACUUGAUCGAGGUUGAAGAAGAGAGAUUAGACCGGCCAUGA